AAAAAGAAAAGGAAGAAAAGAAAAAGAAACCAAGUGCCCAGGUGAGGGCAAUGCAAGAACAGCUCAAAAAGAUGAAAGAAGAGGAAGAACGUCUGAAACGUGAAGAAGAGGAGAGGAUACGACAGGAAGAGGAAAGAAUAAGAUUAAGGGAAGAGCAGAAAAGGCUGGAAGAGGAGAAAAAGCAGAAAAAGAAGCAAAAAGAAAAGGAGAGAAAAGAGCGCCUUAAGCAGGAAGGCAAGCUGUUGACUGAGAAGCAAAAGCAGGAUCGAAAGAGGGCACAGCAGAUGUUGGAAGUGAUGAAGCAGCAAGGUAUUGAGAUUCCAGAAGCUCCUGAUGCAAAGGAAAAGAAGAAACCUCGUUAUGAAAGGCUUAGAAAAAAGAGGCCAGGACAGCAAGAGGAAGAAAAAGAGCCAGACACACCAACCUCAGAAGCUCCUGAGUCACCAACCUCUGAGACAGCUGCUGAUAUGCAGACUGAAGAAGAAACUAAAGCUGAUGAGGAAGAGGAGGUAGAAGAAGAGCCCAAAGAUGCCUGGGAUGUAAGCAGUGAAGAGGAAGAGGAGGAGGAAGAAAAAGUUGACAAAAACAUUAAGGAAGAAACAAAAAGUAAAAAAGUGUCAGAGUCUAAGGAAGAAGAUGAGGAUGAGGAAGAGGAAGAUGAUGAGGACGAGGACGAGGAGGAUUCUGAGGAAGAAAGUGAGGAAGAGUCUUCAGAGGAGGAAAGUGAUGAGGAUGUAGACCCGAAGGAGAAAGCUUGGGCCAGAAUUCUGAAAUUCAAAGAAGAAGCAGAGGCCAAGAGGUCUGUGGACUACCUGAGAGCACCUGUUGUAUGUGUGUUAGGCCAUGUAGAUACAGGGAAGACGAAGAUCUUAGACAAACUCCGUAGAACCAAUGUCCAGGACGGAGAGGCAGGUGGUAUAACACAACAGAUUGGAGCCACCAACGUGCCAGGGGAUGCCAUCCAGAGAGCCACUUCUAUGUGCAAAGAGGUGAGAUCACAUCUGCUUGUGCAAUAUUAAAAUAACAAGAUUUAAAGAA